UUAAGGAAGGAGCCGGUUUGGGCACCUGACCCUGAAGUCAGCGGUCGAAAGAAAUGGGCCCGCCAGAGGUCGCAGGUCCCGGGAAGGGCACUUUGCGGCUCUGGCUAAGUGCCAGGCUCUGGGCUAAACCCGUGGCCUCUUCGAGCCCCCCUCCAUCCCCCUGACCCCCUUAUCACAGAGGAGAAGACCCAAGAUGCGCUGCCUGACCAUGCCCACGCUGCUUCGGGCCCUGGCCCAGGCCCAGGCCGCACGUGCAGGGCGUGCCAGUGGCCGGGGCCUCCACAGCAGUGCAGUGGCAGCCACCUACAAGUAUGUGAACCUGCGGGAGCCCGCGAUGGACAUGAAGUCGGUGACCGACCGGGCAGCACAGACCCUGCUGUGGACCGAGCUCGUCCGAGGCCUGGGCAUGACCCUGAGCUACCUGUUCCGCGAGCCGGCCACCAUCAACUACCCGUUUGAGAAGGGCCCACUGAGCCCGCGCUUCCGCGGGGAGCACGCACUACGCCGAUACCCGUCCGGUGAGGAGCGCUGCAUCGCCUGCAAGCUCUGUGAGGCUGUCUGCCCUGCCCAGGCCAUCACCAUCGAGGCUGAGCCGCGGGUUGAUGGCAGCCGCCGGACCACGCGCUACGACAUCGACAUGACCAAGUGCAUCUACUGCGGCUUCUGCCAGGAGGCCUGCCCCGUGGACGCCAUCGUGGAGGGCCCCAACUUCGAGUUUUCCACGGAGACGCACGAGGAGCUUCUAUACAACAAGGAGAAGCUGCUCAACAACGGGGACAAGUGGGAGGCCGAGAUCGCCGCCAACAUCCAGGCCGACUACCUUUACCGAUGACCGGCUGGCCGAGGCCCCUCCUGCCCAAUAAAAAGCUCUGACCUCCCCCA